AUGUCAAAACUCUUCGUACUUCUCAUUAUUAUACCAAUCGGUUCAUCAUUAGUACCAUUACCACUUGGUAAUGUUGUCCACCCAACUUCUGGCCUGGCUUUUCGGUACUUGGCACAAUACGCUCCAGCUGACGAUAUUAUCUCAUUUACUAUGGCCAUACCUCUAACACAGGACAUGUGCUACUUACUUCCGUUACACACACUACAUAAAAUACCACAGUGUGGUUACGACCCAUCGGGACUAUCAUCUAACGAUACAACACGCCGCAAACGUUUUAUCUCUGAACUCGUUGCAAUUGGAAUGGGAUCCGCAGCACUUACAAUGUCAACGAUAAACUAUGCACAAAUAGCACAAAUUCAACAUGAUAUAGAAACGAUUACCAAAGCACUCACUAAACUUGACUCAGUAUCAGCGGAACUUCUUCACCUUCAAACUGGUCAAUUGAAACUAGCGCUGGUACUUAACCAUACACAAAGUGCCUUGAAUCGCACUACUACUAUCAUAAACCAUCAUGGAAUUGCUAUUGAACACCUAGGCAUUUUUGCAAAAUAUCUCGAUAACCGACUGUCAACAUUUAUUCAUUCUGUGGAAUCUCAUUUCCUACACACAUCCAUCACGGAUAUACUGGCCAACAAGCUCAACCUUAAUUUCAUACAUCAUCGAGAUUUAAACAAAGUGGCGAAACACAUUGCAAUGUCCACCAAUGUCAACUUCACCACUGAAAACCUAGGGCCACCGUUAAUCGAACUCCUUAGUCGUCUUCUAGUCCAACAAACAAUUCAUUUUGUACCAAAAACAUCAUCCAAUCAAACAGAGUCGAUCCUUGGAAUACUAUCAAUUUCUUCCUUUUUUGCCGACACUAAACGACGCGUUACUCCAUUUGCCGUAUAUGAACUAUUCUCAGUACCUUUUUAUUAUUUUGGAAAACGUAUUCGUUUAGCAAAUUUACCAAAAGCUAUUGGUAUUGAUUACGCUAACUUUCAACUUAUUAAAUGGACUGAAUCCGAUUUUCAAGCUUGUAAUUUUAACGAUAUGUCUGUUUGCCGCGAAACGCCACCAAUUAUUACAAAGUGGAAAAAUACUUGUUUACACCAAAUACUCAACGAUUCUAUUUUAUCGGCUUGCCGUACCGAACCUUACAAUGAAGAUAUAUUCUAUCAGCAGAUAGGAUCACAAUGGAUUAUAUCCACAACCCAAAUGCAACGAUGCAAUUUUGCCACCGCUCAUACGGUUAACACACCACACCUCAUUCAGAACACGGGCCGCACAUUAUCUACUGUCACAUUAAUCACUAUUCCACCCAAAACCACGCUCUUAUGCGACCAAUUUAAUAUACCAGCUUCACCCGAAGCUUCAGGUCCACCCGUUUCUUUAUGGGAUUUUUCUUUAGUCAAUUUUACCUACGGCGAAAAAUUUGAUAUGUCCGACUACCUACGUAAUCAUACUCGAUGGCCGAAGAUACCAUUUAUCUCAAACGAAUUACAAGCAGUAAUCAAUUUCAUUUCUCAACGCUCUUCACCACCGUCUAUCGUCCCGACAAUGCCUACAUUACGCGAUUUACAUCGACAUCCAAUUGGUAUUCUCAAUAUAGCCACCCUCAUUAUUAUCAUAUCACUAUUAAUCAUAUUAGCAUUAUGUUUUUUUCUACGCCGACAUCGUUUACCAUCGGUUUACUUUCGUGUUCCAGCUUCAACAACUGUCCCUACCACAUCAUAA